UCCCUCCCUCCGCAGCCCCCUCCCCUCCCCGGGUCGCUGUCCACUGGCCUGGGUGCUGAAUUCUCCCAACCAGCCCUGCCCCGUCCGUGGCGAGACCCCCCCAGCCAGAGCCCGGGGGCUCUCAGACACCCACCCACCCACCUACCUACCCACCCACCCAAUCCGGAGCAUUGCAAAGGGGCGCUGGCGCUGCCUGGGAGCCGCGAUGAGCGGAGGGGUCUACGGAGGAGAUGAGGUUGGGGCUCUGGUCUUCGACAUCGGCUCAUUCUCAGUCCGGGCUGGCUAUGCUGGCGAAGACUGCCCUAAGGCAGAUUUCCCCACUACCGUGGGGCUACUCUCUCACGACGAGUCGGCGAUGGAGCUGGACGGGGACAAGGAGAAAAAAUCCGGGAAGGUCUAUUACAUCGACACCAACUCCUUGCACGUCCCCCGGGAGAACACGGAGGUCAUCUCGCCCCUCAAGAACGGAAUGAUUGAGGACUGGGACUGCUUUCAAGCCAUUCUGGAUCACACCUACAACAAACACAUCAAAUCAGAGCCGAACCUCCACCCGGUGCUCAUGUCCGAGGCCCCGUGGAACACGAGGGCCAAGCGUGAGAAGCUGACGGAACUGAUGUUCGAGCAUUAUAGCAUCCCGGCGUUCUUCCUUUGCAAGACGGCCGUCCUCACCGCUUUUGCAAACGGACGGAGCACUGGACUCGUUCUGGACAGUGGAGCCACACACACGACUGCCAUCCCAGUUCAUGACGGUUACAUCCUGCAACAAGGAAUCGUGAAAUCCCCUCUGGCCGGAGACUUCAUCUCCAUGCAGUGCCGGGAACUUUUCCAGGAGAUGAACAUCGAGAUCGUCCCUCCCUACAUGAUCGCUGCCAAGGAGCCGGUCCGCGAAGGCGCACCCCCAAACUGGAAGAAGAAAGAGAAGUUGCCUCAAGUCAGCAAAUCGUGGCACAAUUACAUGUGCAAUGAGGUCAUCCAAGAUUUCCAGGCCUCUGUGCUGCAAGUUUCAGAUUCUCCUUAUGACGAACAGGUGGCCGCGCAGAUGCCCACCGUCCACUACGAAAUGCCCAACGGCUACAACACAGACUACGGGGCGGAGAGGCUUCGUAUCCCGGAGGGGCUUUUCGACCCCUCCAACGUGAAGGGCCUGUCUGGGAACACAAUGUUGGGGGUUGGCCACGUGGUCACGACCAGCAUCGGGAUGUGUGACAUCGAUAUCCGGCCAGGUCUCUAUGGGAGUGUCAUCGUCACGGGGGGAAACACUUUACUGCAAGGCUUCACGGACCGCCUCAACCGGGAACUCUCUCAGAAAACGCCACCGAGCAUGCGCUUGAAGCUGAUCGCCAGCAACAGCACAAUGGAAAGGAGGUUCAGUCCUUGGAUCGGGGGCUCCAUCCUGGCUUCUCUCGGCACCUUCCAGCAGAUGUGGAUCUCCAAACAGGAAUACGAGGAAGGGGGCAAACAGUGCGUGGAGAGAAAAUGCCCCUGAUUCAGGCGGCCAGCCCACCUCCCCUUUUGCCCUCCCUCUCUCCCCACCCCCCCAGGAGACCCCCGCCUCGUGGAUCCUGCAACCCCUCCCAGCGACUCCCUCCCUUCAAAACGCACCCCGGACCUUCUCCCCUCUCCAAAGAACCCGGGUGUCCUUCCGAACCCCCCGUUUGCCCCCCGCUCCUGAGAAGAACCCAGGAGUCCUGCGCCCACCGAAGCUUGCGCCAACAUCGGAGAACCCAGGAGACGAAGGAGGGCAGAUUUCAAGCUGCUGGAUCACUGGAGAGACGGGAAGGUUUCCGAUCCCAAAACCAUGAAGGAUGGCCUCUCCUUCUCCUGCAUCGCAGGGGGUUGGGAUGGAUGACCUUUGGGGGUCCCUCCCAACGCUACAGUUCUCUUUGUCAAGAGGGGUUUGAAGGUCAUCCUCAGCGGGCGCUGUGCCUCCCCCCCUUCACCUCCCCUGUUGCUGUUUUAUAUGUAAACCUGGGUGGAUCUAUUUAUUCGAUGGACUGACAUGGAUUGACAUGGAUUAUUCUCCUUUAUUUCAUUUCAUUUUUAUUUCGGUGUCGGAAAAAUAAUAAACGUGUGAGGUUGUGUUUUUGUAAAAAAAAGACC